AUGCUAUUUUAUAGUUAUUGUUAUUGGAGUCAUAGUGAAUCUGAGGGAGAGGAAUCUAGAGAAGGAGAACCUGGAGGUGGGGAACCUGGGGGAGGGGAAUCUGAGAAACUUUGCGAUGUGAUGUGA